AUGGAGAGUUGCUGUCGGUCCUGUAUGCCAUGUCUACACCGGCUCUGGAACUGGGUAUGGCCGGACUUCAGAUACCCAAACGUGCCCAACAACAACCAUAUACGCACCGUGUCUGGAGACAUCCGCGUGCCCUCUCCCAAAAAGCGUCCGGUGCAGCUUUACGCGGCUCUGUUUGACUUCGAGGCCCGCAGCGACGACGAGCUGAACGGUGUGAAAGAGGGAGACAAGCUGUCGGUGAUAGAGAAGAGAGGGGAGUACGUGCUGGCCAAAAAGCUGACCGGGUCUCUGGAAUCUGGACUGGUCCCGGCCAACUACGUGGCUCUGCUGCAGGACGAGUUUGCCAAACACAAGUGGUACUAUGGAAACAUUAACCGUGUGAAAGCGGAGAAGCUGCUGCUGGCGUCCCAAAACAAAGAUGGCUCCUUCCUGGUUCGCAUCAGUGAGAGUCACAGUGACGAGUACACCAUCUCCGCUCGGAGCGAGGGGAAGGUUUACCACUUCAGGAUCCAGCGCUCCUCCAUCGGUGCGUACUUCGUGUCGGAUAAAGUCUCCUUCGCCACGCUGGGAGAGCUGAUCUCGUACUACCAGAAGAAUCCUCGCAGCCUGGGAGUGCCGCUGGAGGAGCCGUGUGCACAGCAGAGGGAACUCUUCGACAUGGAGCCGUGGGAGCGGCCGAGAGAGGAGUUCAGACUCCACAAGAAGCUGGGAGAGGGACACUUCGGAGAGGUGUGGGAGGCUCUGUGGACCACGGAGAACUCCAAGGUGGCCAUAAAGACGCUCAAACAAGAGGACACGAAGCAGGACGAGUUUGUGAAGGAGGUUCAGGCGCUGAAGAGCCUCCAUCACCCCAAACUGAUCCAGCUGCUGGCGAUGUGCUCGAGAGGAGAGCCGGUCUACAUCGUGACCGAGCUCAUGACCAAAGGAAGCCUCAAGUCCUACCUGGCCUCCGCUGAAGGCCAGGUGCUGACGUCAGCUCACCUGAUCUACAUGGGCAGUCAGGUUGCGGAGGGCAUGGCCUACCUGGAGGACAGAAACAUCGUCCACAGAGACCUGGCAGCCAGAAACAUCCUGGUGGGAGACGAUCUGGUCUGCAAGGUGGCCGACUUCGGACUGGCUCGUAUUAUUAAGGACAGCGUGUAUACAGCCAGUCGGAGCACAAAGAUCCCGGUGCGGUGGACGGCUCCAGAGGCGGCGAUCUAUCAGCGGUUUUCUGUCAAAUCAGACGUUUGGUCAUUCGGUGUGCUGCUGUACGAGAUGAUGUCACGGGGCAAAAUGCCUUAUGAAGGAAAAAGCAAUAAGGAAGUGUUGGAUCUGCUGUCGUCGGGGUUUCGGCUGCCUUGUCCGACUCGCUGUCCCACUAAUAUUUACCGCAUCAUGAUGGACUGCUGGGCCGCUGAGCCGUCCAAGAGACCCUCGUUCCACGCUCUGCACAGCCAGCUGGACACCAUAUACGCCAGGAUAUAUUUCAAGACCAUAGAGGUAUAG